GUCAUGGCAGGAGAAAGAGAGGAAGAGAGGAAGAUAGGAAGAGUGACUGACAUGCCACAUAAAUAGUAUUCUCUUUCAGUCUCUGGUCACCAUGCUCCAAAAACAAGAGAGGCAGUGGUGGCAGCUCGGGGUCAAACGUGUCGCUGUGGGCUGCCUCCUCAUCAGUGUCCCUCUGUUCUACGCUCUUUCAACAAUACAGAUCAACUUCAACACUACAGAGCUCCCAGUUCCUCUCUCCUGCUCUUCACGAACGGGCCAGAGCAGCAGCAGGGAAAACACAAACAGCUCGCAGCAAGACAAUACCGUCUGUGCUCCUAAAGUAGAUAUCAUGUUUAUGAAGACCCAUAAAACUGCCAGCAGCACCUUCAUCAACAUCUUGUUACGCUUUGGAGAGAAGCACAAUCUCAAAUUUGCCUUCCCAAACAGCCGGAACGAUUUCUACUACCCCUCAUCUUUUCAGCGCACAUACGUUCAGGGCUACCAAUCUGGAAGGUGUUUUAACAUCAUGUGUAACCAUAUGCGAUUCAAUGCACCUGAGGUGGCAAAAGUGCUGCCUCGUGACACUUUCUACACGACGAUCCUGCGAGAUCCUGCAGAGCUCUUUGAGUCCUCCUUUCAUUACUUUGGUCAUGUUGUUCCUCUGACCUGGUGGAUACCAGGGGAGGAUAAGAUGGCCAAGUUCCUGCGUGAUCCUAAACAAUACUUCAGCCCGGGCGGAUUUAGCUCCUUCUACUUGAAGAACCUGUUGUUCUUUGACUUUGGGCAGGACAACACUCUGGAUGCAGAUGACCAACGAGUAGAGGACAGCAUCAGGGUCAUCGCUGAGCGUUUUCACUUAGUCAUGCUGAUGGAGCACUUUGAGGAGUCCCUUAUCCUGCUGAAAGAUGCCCUCUGCUGGGAGAUGGAUGACAUACUCUUCUUCAAGCUCAACUCCCGUAUGAAAUCCACUGUACCUAAACUAACUCCUGAGCUCAGGGAAAAGGCCCUGCAGUGGAACAGCAUUGACUGGAAGCUCUAUAGACAUUUUAACCUGACCUUUUGGGAGAAGGUAGAGGCUUACGGUAGAAAACAAAUGGAAGAGGAUGUUGAAGAGCUCAGGAGGAGGAACGCAGAACUGGUGAAGAUCUGCAUCGAGGGAGGCCACUCUGUGGAGGCUGGAAGUAUUCAUGAUGCUGCCAUGCAGCCGUGGCAGCCCGUUGGAGAGAAGUCUAUUGAAGGAUACAAUUUGAACAGAAAUGUAGAUAAAGCCUAUGAGGAGUUGUGCCGAAAGAUGUUAACCCCGGAAAUUCAAUAUCUGACAGACUUGGGGGUAAACCUGUGGCUCACUAAGCUGUGGGGACGUGUGAGGAAAAUCAUAAACUGGUGAUGAGACAGAUAUGAUAGAAUAUUGAGAUAGAAUUUUGUAUAACUUUAUUGCACUUAACCAGAACUCACUUUACACAUAAGGCCUCGAAUUUCAACCUCCGAAUGUUCACGUCUAGAUAUAUAUCUACUUUUGUUAUUUUAUCAUAUAAUUAUUUCCAAUGCUGACUUAAACUAUACAGAAUUUCAAUAAUAAGUAUAAAACCCACAACUGACAACUUUUCAAAAGAAUAAGAAACGGAUGUGCUGGUGUAUCAGUCACAAA